GAAAACGCUGACUGGAUGAAGCGUUGGCCAAUCAGAGAGGAGAAAGACGCUCGGAGGCGGGAACUUGUCCCUCACCGCGACGCGAGCCCUGACGCGAGCAGAUCGGGUGACCGGUUUCGUUGCUGUGACUGGCUUGGUUUUGAAAAUUGUGGGUGCCCUGAAUCGGUGAAUUACGUGUGGACCAUGCCUAUACAAUCCUUCUCCUUUCCUUUGCCUGAGACAAGGUUCUUCCAGGCUGGACAACAUGUCUACAAGUUCAAGAUCAGAGGAGGCAAUAACUGCAGUGAAGUGAAGGUGAUGGGAGAAGAGUUUGUCAAUCGGGAGUUGGAGAAUGCCAUCAGAACGGUGCUAGCCAACCUGGACUGUCUCCAGCCGUUCACUACCACACACUUCACUGUCUACCCUUACAAGAGUAAGUGGAAGAGAGUGUCCAAGUUUAAAUUUGAGAAGAUGUCAGGAGAGAAGCUGUCUGCUUACCCCUACCUAGUCACUGUGUACCUAGAGAACAACACACACCCUGAAAUGUGUGUGGAGGCGUGCUGGACACCAGUCUGGUUCAUGGUGCAGGUGAGAGCAGGAGAAGGUCCCCUCCUUCCUGCCAGUAAGACAGGACCACCACACUGGGGCACCCUAACACCACAACGAAGAGACUGUCUCAUCAUGCAGGGACCACAGUCACGCAUAUAUCAUGAACUUCUCAGACCAGGGGAAAUGGAGGCAAAGAAUGGUGAUGGCAAGGCAGGCUGUGUGGUAUCAGAUAACCAGACCCCACAGAGUACAGUCGAGGGCUCUGUGACCGGUGGCAGUGAGGUCAGCGGGGGUCACGGAGAGGAAGAGGUGCAUCCUGGAGCGGUAGAGGAGGGCGACCCGGAGGACCUCGACCCUGACCUUGACCCCAAGUCUCAUGUGAGGCCAGGUUUGCUGGCCCGCCUCGUCAGACCACUGUCCUCUGUCGUCAUGUGUCAGUGGGUGACCUUUAGCCUCUGUGUUGUGAUGCUGCUACUGUGUCCAAUCAGUUUCAGCUAUGAGGGGCUAAGCCCAGGACCUGGCUGUCAUCUAUACCGGUUCAACGUGACCAUCCGUAGUGACCAGCGUGGGACAUGCAAAGGAACCCAUGUUGUGUAUGCCUGUGUGGGCUACUGUGAGUCCAGUGCCUUCCCAUCCCGCUACUCUGUUCUGGUGGCGUCUAACUUCACUCACAACAUUACCUCGGCAUCACAAUGCUGCACCAUCAGCAAGGACGCAAAGAUCAAAGUUCGUCUAGACUGUCCUCGUGGCCGUCACCAUGAUGAUAUCGAGAUCCUGACGGCUCAGGCCUGUCGCUGCGACAUGUGUCGCAAGUCACGCUACUGACAUCAUACUGAUAUGCCGCCGUCACCACGGGAACACACGCUACACGCUACAUGCAACAAAUUGUAACAUGAGGACUUGGAUGAAGAGAAGACAAGGAAAUGUGUGUGUGUGUGUGUGUGUGUGUGUGUGUGUGUGUGUGUGUGUGUGUGUGUGUGUGUGUGUAUUGAAUGGUUGAAAAAGGAAAAUAGACUUGAGGAAAAAACUUUUCAUACAGUUGCUUUAUUUAAGAAUUGUUGGUUUAUUUAGAAGACAUUUUGUGACAUUUUGAGUCAACACCCUAAGUAGUGCACUACUUUUGACCAGGGCCCAUACAAACUAGUGCACUAAAAAGGCAGAUUGGAUGCCAAUUGGGACGUAAACACAUUAACAUCCAGUUAAACCACUAUAGAUAAUUAAAAUCAUUAAAACCACUACAUAGGUCUGUUAUACAGCCACAACACAGAACUAGAAUGAGUAGAAUGGACGCCCCCAUUCAAGUCAGUGAGUAGACUGGCAGCCAUUUUGAAUACAUCCAUGGAUUUACCAAUGGAAUUGUCAUGGUCAGAGGUUCCGAUUCCGUGUGGAUUCAUUGUAUUUCUAUGGCCACUAAGCUAGAGAGACUAAAGGAUGUACAUUAAAAAACUGUAUUUAUGUCUAUGACCAUGAACAACUACAUUUUGUAAAUAACUGACAUGAAAGAAUGUUGGAAGGGUUGACUAAAUAAAAAAGGGAAAAAUAA